AAAUGAAAUAUAUAAAUAAUAAAUGGGUGAAAUGGAAAAAUCUCCAUCCAGCUCUAUAAAUAAGCUUCUGAAACCAUUCACUCUCACUCACUCCUACCAUUAGCAUUUUCUCCUUCUCUCUCUAAUCUCUCUGCUGAAGAUGAGAGGAGGCUCAUGGCAGUUGCCAUUGUUCAUAUGUAUGCUUACUGUACUGUGCAUGGCGGAUGCAGCGGAGGUUGACGGCGGAGAUUGGCGGCAACCAGAGAAGAUAAAGUUUGACACCGGAGGGCUGAGUCGACAGAGCUUUCCGGCGGGAUUUUUGUUUGGAACGGCGACUUCGGCUUAUCAAGUUGAAGGCAUGGCCGACAAGGACGGUCGUGGCCCCAGCAUUUGGGAUGAGUUUGUUAAAAUCCCUGGGAUUGUUGCCAAUAAUGCGACGGGAGAGGUUUCAGUGGACCAAUAUCACCGCUACAAAGAAGAUGUGGAUCUCAUGGCAAAAUUAAACUUUGAUGCUUAUCGGUUCUCAAUUUCAUGGUCUAGAAUUUUCCCAGAUGGAACUGGAAAAGUGAAUUGGAAGGGUGUUGCAUACUACAAUCGAUUAAUUGACUACAUGCUCAAAAAAGGCAUCACUCCGUAUGCAAAUCUCUAUCACUAUGAUCUUCCCCUUGCACUUGAGAAGAAGUAUAAGGGACUGUUGGGUCGCCAAGUAGUGAAAGAUUUUGCAGAUUAUGCAGACUUUUGUUUCAAGACCUUUGGUGAUCGAGUAAAGAACUGGAUGACAUUCAAUGAACCUAGAGUAGUGGCUGCACUUGGAUAUGAUAAUGGUUACUUUGCUCCUGGGAGAUGCUCCAAAGCCUUUGGAAAUUGUACAGCUGGAAAUUCUGCAACUGAGCCUUAUAUUGUUGCACAUAAUUUGAUUUUAUCUCAUGCAGCUGCAGUUCAGAGAUAUCGUGAAAAAUAUCAAGAAAAGCAAAAGGGAAGGAUAGGAAUUCUCUUAGAUUUUGUUUGGUAUGAACCUCUCACCAGAUCAAAAGCUGACAACUAUGCUGCUCAAAGAGCAAGAGACUUUCAUGUGGGAUGGUUUAUUCAUCCCAUUGUUUAUGGUGAGUAUCCAAAAACAAUGCAAAAUAUUGUUGGUAACAGGCUACCCAAGUUCACACAAGAAGAGAUUAAGAUAGUGAAGGGCUCAAUAGAUUAUGUUGGUAUCAACCAAUAUACUACUUACUAUAUGUAUGAUCCUCAUCAAUCAAAACCCAAGGACUUGGGCUACCAGCAAGACUGGAAUGCUGGAUUUGCUUAUGAAAAGAAUGGAGUGCAGAUUGGUCCAAGGGCAAACUCUUAUUGGCUUUACAAUGUACCAUGGGGCUUGUACAAGGCUUUGAUUUACAUAAAAGAGCGAUAUGGUAAUCCAACGGUCUUCUUAUCUGAAAAUGGCAUGGAUGAUCCUGGCAAUGUCACACUUCCAAAGGGAUUGCAUGAUACAACUAGAAUCAACUACUACAGGAGCUAUUUGACACAAUUAAAGAAGGCAGUUGAUGAUGGAGCUAAUGUGAUCGGAUAUUUUGCUUGGUCAUUGCUUGACAACUUUGAAUGGAGAUCCGGCUACACUUCAAGAUUUGGCAUUGUUUAUGUUGAUUACACCAACCUAAAGAGGUAUCCGAAAAUGUCUGCGUACUGGUUCAAGCAACUCAUGGAGCGAAAGAAGCAUUAGUCUCGAUGAAUUUCAGUUUUCCAGAGGAUAAUGGUUUUGUAGUGCUAAUGUUUUAUGAUCUUCCAUGCCCAAUUAUAAGGCUAUGAAUAGCUAAUCUAUUAAAUAAAAGUAAUCCAUGUUUACAAGAA